AUGCCAACUCAAGUCCGUAUCUUUGCUAUGCCAAAGUCUCUUGGCGAGACUCUAAACAGCAGUUCACAAUCAUCCAUACCUCGUUCUUCACCAGACUUGCCCAACGGGUUGACCAACGGGAAGACAGCUGCGUCUCAUACUCAGGAGAACUACAAAUUAUCAGCGUCCACCAUGAGCGAGGAUCCCAACGCCGAGGGGAUCACCUUCGCCGGCCAGGAUUCCCUUCCCAAAUUGCCCAUUCCUGAUCUCGAACACACGUGCGAGAAAUAUCUUACUGCAUUAAAACCACUACAAGGAGUGAGAGAACAUGCAGAUACCAAGCAUGCUGUACAAGAAUUUCUGAAGCAUGAUGGCCCGAUGUUGCAAGAAAGACUGCAUAAUUAUGCCGUUGGCAAGACCAGUUAUAUUGAGCAGUUCUGGUAUGAUUCGUAUCUGAACUUCGAUAACCCUGUCGUUCUCAACCUAAACCCAUUCUUCCUGCUUGAAGAUGAUCCAACGCCGGCCCGAAACAACCAAGUCACACGCGCUGCUUCACUAGUCGUGUCGGCGUUGGAAUUUGUGAGAGCUGUACGUCGUGAGGAACUUCCACCAGACGCUAUCAAAGGGAAACCCCUUGAUAUGUACCAGUACUCCAGACUAUUCGGUACCGCAAGAGUGCCCACAGAGCAUGGAUGCCAGAUUGAGCAGGAUCCUGACUCGAAACACGUCGUUGUUCUGUGCCACGGCCAAUUUUACUGGUUUGACGUCCUCGAUGACCAAAACGAUUUAAUCAUGAGUGAGAAGGACUUGAGCAUCAAUCUCCAGACCAUUAUCGACGAUGCUGCACAGACGCCAAUCCAAGAUGCAGCAAAAGGCGCGUUGGGUAUUCUUAGCACGGAAAAUCGGAAAAUUUGGUCAGGUCUGAGAGAUGUGCUGACCAGAGAAGAAGGUUCAAACAACGCGGAUUGUUUGGGAAUUAUCGACUCGGCUCUGUUCAUGCUCUGUCUCGAUUAUACAGAACCCAAGACAGCUGCUUCACUUUGCGAGAACAUGCUCUGUGGAACCAAUCUAGUUGAAAAAGGUGUCCAGAUCGGUACCUGCAUCAACCGGUGGUACGACAAGCUACAAAUUAUUGUAUGUAAAAACGGAAGUGCGGGUAUCAAUUUCGAGCAUACUGGCGUUGAUGGACAUACUGUUCUGAGAUUCGCCAGUGAUGUUUACACAGACACUAUCCUGCGGUUCGCGAGAACAAUCAAUGGAAAGGCACCAAGUCUUUGGAAGACAACAAGUCCAGAUCCAUCCAAGCGUCACCCAGAAAGCUUUGGAGAUGUUAAUACGACGCCGCACAAACUCGAAUGGGACAUGCUUCCGGAACUGAGCAUUGCAGUUCGUUUCGCUGAAACGAGGCUGUCAGAUCUUAUUGGGCAAAAUGAAUUCGAGUGCCUGGACUUCAGCGGUUACGGCAAGAACUUCAUAACAUCAAUGGGGUUUUCCCCGGAUGCAUUUGUUCAAAUGGCCUUUCAGGCGGCCUACUAUGGACUCUAUGGGCGUAUUGAAUGCACUUACGAACCUUCGAUGACCAAGAUGUUCCUGCACGGCCGCACGGAAGCUAUUCGGACGGUGACGGAUAGCUCAGUGGACUUUGUGCAGACGUUCUGGGCGGAUCAUCCAGCAGAGGCAAAAGUGGAUGCACUUCGUAAAGCAUGCCAGAAGCAUGUGGAGAAUACAAAGGAUUGCGCAAUGGCCAAGGGUUGUGAUAGACACCUUUACGCUCUCUUUUGCGUGUGGCAGAAGUUCAUCGACGAGCAACAAAACGGUAGCUUCAGUGGGUACUCAAGCCCAAUUGACUCCGGGUCGGAUAGAGAUCUCACAUCGCCGGUGGGAAGCCCGAGCAACGAUUCAGUCAUAUCUAUUGACGGGGAGAUCAAGACGCGAGACCGUGGCGACAGCACAGGAUCCAGGUCGCGGGAACAAUCUGUACCAUCUAUCUUCUCGGAUCCUGGUUGGGAUAAACUGAACACAACCAUCCUCUCCACCUCGAACUGUGGCAACCCAUCGCUCAGGCACUUUGGUUUUGGACCUACUUCAGGUGAUGGCUUUGGAAUUGGUUACAUCAUCAAAGAUGACGGCAUCUCCAUCUCCGUCGCUAGCAAACACCGCCAGACGAAACGCUUUGUCGACACUCUCGAGAGUUACCUCCUCGAGAUUCGCCGCAUCCUAAGGAUUACAAACCGCCGCGCAACAUCAACAAAACAGACGCGUGCACGUGAGAUUGACCUGAGCAAAGUCAAAGCUGGCAACCGUUUAAAGGCAAGAGGACGCAUGAUUACUGGUACCGAGGCGAUUCGCAGGGAAGCCAAAUCCGCCGCUGGCACGAGAUCGCCGACGGAAGAUAGCAUGACGAUGAGUGAGGACGAUGAGUUGGGAGGGUACGGGUUCUUUGAUGCCGGGAUGCUGCUGCAGGCUCUUAAGGCUCGCGGAGAAGCUAUGGACAGUGGAGAUGUCAAAGCCUCGGAGAAGGCCAGGCGGCGGGACGUCGGAAAGAAAUUGCGGUUAGUUGAGUAUUAA